ACAAAAGGUUGUUUGUUAAGUUUACAAAAGAUGUGUAAUAUGGUAUGUCAGUAACAUGCAUGAGAACUUCAUACAUCCUUGUAAUUCAAGAAAUGAAUGUGUUCCUAUUUCAAAAGUGAGAUCCAAGAAUGAAAGCAAUCCAGCUGGAUGUUGAAUCAUAAGGUGCUGGCUGGUAGUUGUGAUUUUCAACUCAUAUGACCCCACUAAUUAACAAAGUGGCUUUCUAAUGUAAAACACAUUUUUUGAUCUAUUAAUAAACCAAAAUAUCUAAUCAAUAAUGCAAUUUAUACACUAAUUUAGGACUUUAUUAGAGACCUACUUGAUGAUUAUUAUUUUGAUGUUGUAUCUUUUUCACCAAACAAUUUAGUAUUUAGUACUAAAAUUAGUACUAAUUACACUUAACAUUUUUUUCCUUGAUUUUAAAGCAUUUAUUUAUGUUCACAGUUGAAGAGGGAAAAAACAUUAAAAAAAAAUAAAGAGAAAAGUAUAGUUAGGUGCAUAAAUUUGAUCAAAAUGAUUGUCACUGACAAUAUAAUUGCUUUAUAGUGUCCACAAUUUUCUAUAGGCCAAAUUUCUCCUUCACUUUUUUCCUAUUCUUCUCUUCAUAAUAUUUUUUUGUCUUGUAACCUGUUCAAUUCGUAGACUUGUUUGCAAGUUGGUGAGGUAAGAAGAUAAGGAAAAGAAUGGCAUUUGCAGGAACAACUCAGAAAUGUAUGGCUUGUACCAAAACAGUUUAUCUUGUUGAUAAGUUAACUGCUGAUAAUAGAAUUUUCCACAAAGCUUGUUUCAGAUGUCAUCACUGCAAAGGAACUCUUAAGCUAAGCAACUACAACUCUUUUGAGGGAGUUCUUUACUGCAGGCCACACUUUGAUCAAUUGUUCAAAAGAACUGGAAGCCUUGAAAAAAGCUUUGAAGGGACACCAAAAAUUGCCAAACCAGAAAGAAAUAGUGAUAAUAUUGAGAAACCUGCAGCAGUUAAAGCCUCGAGUAUGUUUGGUGGAACAAGGGACAAAUGUUUAGGUUGUCAGAAAACAGUUUAUCCAACUGAAAAGGUUACGGUGAAUGGAACUCCUUACCAUAAGAGUUGUUUCAAAUGCUGCCAUGGAGGGUGUACUAUUAGUCCUUCGAAUUACAUAGCACAUGAAGGAAAACUCUACUGCAAACAUCACCAUAUCCAACUGAUCAAAGAAAAGGGAAAUUUAAGCCAGCUUGAAGAUCAUGAGAAAAAUGCAAUGCGUGGAAAAAUCAAUGUUGAUGAAGUUGCAGCUGAAACAUGAUGGAAGAGUCUUAUUAAGUUUUAAACAAAAUAAUUCAAUUCUCAAGUUUCAUAUUCAUGAACUACAUGUUUCUGUUAUCUCUCAUGCUUUUGCUUGCCAUUAUGGUAUUCAAUAUCUGUUUGCCAGUGUGUGGAUCUAUGAGACAUAAUUGCUAUGCUUAUUAGUUUUUUGUUUUGUUUUGUUUUUUAUGUUUUAAUUUGAUUUUUAAGGAAACUAAAUGUAACUCCAACCUGCUCUAUUGAGUUUGUUAUAUGGUUUUAUGGAGUCUGAUACAUCUUUUGGAAUAAAAGCACGUUAUUAGGAGUUA